AUGGACGGAGAGUGGCUGCAGUACAAUAGUGGUGUGCACAAUAAGUUUGACCUCUUCAUGACAAGCAAACACAACCACCUUUUCCAGGACAACCAUAGUGAUGAGAUGGAUGGUCUGCUUGAAGCCACUACUGUCGUGGGCAACACUGAUGAUGCCAACAUUGUUGCUACAGACCACAACAACAACGAUGGAGAGACCCAUAAUGAGAAACUUCAGAAGGACCUUAGCGAGAGGCUUGGCAUGAGUGCCCAGCAGGUCAAGUUUUGGUUCCAAAACAAAAGCACCUUCAGUAAGGGCAAGAUGCAGCGGUGGGAGACCCAAAAUCGUUGGGUGGAAAAUGAGAGGCUAAAAACUGAACGUCAAGCCAUCAUGUUGGCUAUGCAAAACAAGACUUGCCUCAAAUGCAGAGGGGUGAUGGUACAAACUCAGGAUACCUCGGAGCGCCAACGCCUAUACACCGAGAAUAUGAGGCUCAAGGAAGAACUCCUACAUGCCACUGCCUAUCUUAAAGAAGGUCUUCGCCGAAAUGGCAUGUCGCUCCCAUGGGCCCGCAAACUAACCUUACCAUCUUUGAUCUUAGCCAAUGUUAAUUCUUCCGCAUGA